AUGAUGCGUCCUUAUUACAGAAAAUCGACUGCUCUAGUCUGGCUGAUCUCGGUGCUCCUGCUCUCAGCUUCAGCUCGAGCGGUGAUCCGUGUCAGUCGUCCACCCAGCACUCAGCUUCCACUCAUCGCUCGCUUCGCCCAGCCAUAUAAUGUCACUUUUGCGCCUGACACCUUUGUCGACGUCAACGCGACCGCGCCUUUCACCUACACCGCUGACAACCUUCCUGCAUGGGCUACGUUCGAAGCUGCCACGCUCAGUAUCUCCGGCAUCCCGGCCCGAUCUUCACGAUCCCGAACGAACGACAGCAUCACGCUGACCGCGACGAAUCCAAAGACGCAGAGCGCAGCAUCGACCUUGUUUCAUCUCAUCACACUCCCUGGUCGUGGUCCUCUCGUCAACAAGCCCCUCGCUGCACAGCUGCCGAAUGUGAGUUCGCUCGGGUCGGAAUACAUCUUGCCGUCCGGCGCGCAGUUGCUACCACUGGGCUGGUCCUUCGCCCUCGCAUUUGCGGGGGACACGUUCCUUUCCGACAGCAACGACAUUUAUAUUUCGGCCCAGCUGAAAGAUGGAUCGCCGCUGCCAGGGUGGAUGCACUUUGAUCAGAUGACGCUGUUCGGUGUCGCGCCGACAGACGUACACUCUGCAGGCGAGUUCUACAUCGUCGUAGUUACAGCUAGUGAUCUGCGCGGAUACAGAGGCGUGCAGAGCGAGGUAAGGCUUGUCGUGAGUGGGGCGAGUAUCGUGCUGGGUGCGCCACUACAGGCGUUGAAUGCGACUGCAGGUCAGCCGUUUACCGGCGUACUGGCGCUGGAAGAUGUGGUGGACACAAGAGGAAGGGCGAUAGAUGGAUCGCAUUUGCGGGUGACGGCGAAUACGAGCGCUGUAGGAGAGUGGCUCGCGUUUGACGAGGCUACUAGGACGUUUUCCGGUAUGCCGCCGUUCAAUAUCACCGAGGCCGAGCCCUUGUCGCUCAUCGUGCCACUCACGUUGGUCAAUACCGCCAGUCAACGCGGAACCCCGGUUCCAGUGACAGUCAACAUCACCAUUCAUCCCUCGCCAUUCGCCGUGUGGAGCUUGCCUGAUGUGCGCCUCGCUCCUGGACGACUCUUCCAGCUCGAUCUUGGAAGCUACCUUCGAUCGACACGGACGCCUCCUCAGGUCACCGUCGAGCCAGCUUCGGCGAGCAAGUGGAUCCACUUCGACCCAUUGACCAGGAUUCUCUUUGGCACGCCUCCGAGCGGCGGAUUCGAGCCGGUGCAGGUACAGCUCUCGAUUGAGUCCAGAGCUUCGGAUGGAUUCCGCGAUGUGUCGUCGGAGACAUUCACGAUGACUCAAUUGGAUUCGCCGCCUGUGGGAUCGCCCGACGGCCUCUCUUCGGCUGAUGCAGGUGCAAGUGGGCUCAGCAGCAAGGCAAGGAUUGCCAUCGCAGCUUCAUUGGGCUGCGCUGGAGGCCUGGUCGUGCUGGCACUGCUUGUGGUCUACUGUCAUCGUCACUGCACUGCUAGUGGCCACGUGCAAAAAGAUGGAAGAGAUUCGGACUGCGAGAAGUCGCCCGACAGGCGCGAUGACGAUGAUCGAACGCUGGCCGACGAGCGGUCCCCUCGGUUUGGAUGGGCUUCGCUCAAGGACGACAAGCUCAAGGACAUUUCCAAUCCCUACGUCGAUCCCUCCGCCGCCUUCUCGCCGACCCGCUCGCCCAUCUCAGACGCCCCAACCCUCGCAGCUUCUGAUGAGGGCCGCUCACCUCGCUCAUCCGACGUCACCUCAGUCACUGCACCGCCCGUGAUCGUCACCACUGCACCUCCGUCGACGGAAAAGCCACAACGAUCCCCGCUCCUUGCCCAGCUCGCCCGUUCACCCAGCUCCAUUCAACGCAUCACAGCCGACGCGCAAGCCGAUCUAGCCCGCCCCAACGGGCUUGGGCUGGAAGGCAUACCGCAGCGAGACCUCUCGCAGAUGACGGUGCGGGACAGCUGGGAGUCUGAUCUGUUCUAUGAUGACGCCGAGGUACAGGUACCGGUGCGUCGCGAGGUGAGGCAAAGGAUUGGGCACCUCGGUGCUUCGCCCAGGUUUGAGUUGGACACUGGUUUCGAGGUGGGGUAUGCGCGGAAGGUCAGCCUCGAUACCACGCCGCCGCCCAAGCAUGUCAGCGUGCUGCAAGGACAGCGAAUUCUUUCACAGCACUCGGUCGUGCUUCGCGCCUCGCGUGGGUCGAGCGAGUUGCGCACCCGCACACUGUCGCAAGCGACCCAGGAUGAGGACAUCUUUGAGGACGCGGAGGACGAUCCGUCUGCGGCCGUGCGAGCGAGCGACUCGACAGCUCUCCACGUGCCAGAGCAGGAUGUUGACAGUCGACGUAGCUCCGCGACGCUUGUUCGAACCUCGGGGCGGACGAGGGACAGCGAGGACGAGGAGCGAGGAUUGACCGUGCGGGCGAUCAGAUCGUCCAUUGAGCCUGUCGAGGCGCCUCUCAUCCCUGGCGCUGGCACUCGAGCUACUUCGGUAGCCAGGACUGCGAGGUCUCAGACGGCCGGGAUGAGUUCAGAAGGCUGA